AUGGAUGAUCAACAACCCUCAUCAAUUUACACCUUCUGGAUAUAUUCGAAAGCUAUCUAUUGCGGUAUUUCAGUAGAAAUGGAUGGGUUUGAAGAUGAUUUGGUGUUUAACUAUGAAGCUUUGGGUGAAGAUUUAGAAAAUGUGAAUGAAGAAAAUAUUGAAGAGCUUGAUGAUAUUAAUGAUGAAGAGUAUGAAGAAACCAGGGGCAAUAAUGAUUAG